UGUCGGACCGUGCAGAUCCGGGGACCAGGCGAGUGUUCUCUUCUCAAGGGAGAUCUUGACCCCUCUCGUGUCCACGAAGUGUGCCUUCGAAUUGUUCCGUGAGAAGCGCAAUCCGAGUGCGCGCAAAAGACCUGGUGACGUCUACGAGGAGGUGGCGUCGUAGUUAUUGCCCCUCUUUGUUCCGUUCUCGGCAGUCAAGAUGAUGCACGCGAUGAGCGAGCACGCCGGAGUCGGCGUCCUGCCGUUCGACGGCAUGGGUUUGUACGAGCAACCUCGGCCCCCGCGGUUAGUCUUCAAGAUGCCUCGCGUUGUGCCGGACCAGAAAGCAAAGUUCGAGAGCGACGAGCUCUUCAGGAGGCUGAGCCGCGAGAGCGAGGUGAGAUACACGGGCUACAGAGAUCGGCCGAUGGAAGAGCGACAAGUACGAUUUCAAAAUGGCUGUCGGGAAGGCCACACGGAGAUUGCGUUUGCCGCGACGGGCACCAAUCUUCAGCUUGUCUUCGGCGGAGCAUCCGGAAAUUACCCCGUUGAUCCUUGCGACUGCGACUUCGACAAAGAGCAUGGCAAGGUGCAUCUACGCUCGCACCUGAUCAUGAACGGUGUAUGUGUGAGGUGGCGUGGGUGGAUCGACCUGGAACGAUUGGACGGGGUCGGCUGUCUGGAAUACGAUGAGGAACGCGCGGCCGAGGAGGACGCGCUGCUACGCGAACAGCUCGAACGGUAUAAUCAACGGCUGCGCGACUUCGAGGAGAAGCAGCGGGCCUACCGGAGCGGUGCCGCGCAGCCACCGCAUCUCAACCAUUACCACGAUCACCACGGCCACCACCAUCACCACGGCCAUCACAGCCGGCACGUGAGCGGCGCAGUCGCCACCGGUGCCACCGCCGCCGCCAUCGAGUCCCACCUGCCGCACCGUCAGGACGCCGAGAUGGAGAUUUACGGGUACAGAUACACACCGGAUUUCAAUUUCAAUUUGUCGGUUUCUCGUUAAUCUCAAUAUCCACGAGAGAUUCUCAUCAAGCGAACGUCGAAGUGACGUCUGAUCCGAAUAUCGAGAAAAAUAACGAAGCAAAUGGUACGACUGAUGAUUUCGCCGACUUGCCUGUUUGUGAAUAUAGAGAGAGAGAGAGAGAGAGAGAGACGAGUAUAAUCUACGCGUUGCCUUUCGCUCUCGUGAAAAUAUCUCUUCGCGAAUGUAUCGCUACGUCCAAUCGACAGAAGAAAAAACGGCCGUGAUGACGAUGAUUACGUCACGGCGCGGCGGCUCGUCAUUGACGAAAUGCAUGAAUCACGACGAUUCCUCCGCGUUCAGCGCUAAAUGAGUAUGAGUCAGUGUGGAUCGUUGCGUAUGCGUUUACCUUUAUGUUUUACCUUUCAGUUGAGCAUGUGAACGUCGUCGCAAAAUCUUUUUGUUACAUUGUACAUAUUUGUAAAGAGUUUAUAAAUUAAAGAUCGACAUUUGCGUUCGGAUUC